AUUCAGUCAAAGAAAAUGGAAAAAUAAGCCAAACCAGUCUCAUAUUGAUUACUUGGCAAUAUUCAACGUUUCCCGUCUGCCCGUCUUGGUCCUCUCCUCUCCACCUGAGGGGCGAAUUAGGCCGAGGUCGGCAGCUUAGAUACACAGUCAUCAGCUACACAAUUAUGGAGAGAGUGUGAGAGACCACGUAAACGAAUCAGGUCCAUUUGUUAACGAAGGAUACACAAGAACACACGAUGCUCCCGAUCACUGCCGUCUAAUCCCCUCUACCUCCGUUUGAAAUUGGGUACUCUUCUCUUCUGCUGUGUGUUUCUUUCUGUAGUUGGUUUUAGUCUGCCAGAAUGGAGGCAGUGACUUCUCCGUCAACCUCGCCCGGCCCCAGCUUGGAAGGGAUUGAUGAUGUCGAGGACUUCCCAUGGGCGAAUGAGGGAGAACCGUCCAUAUCCCGGGACCGAUUCAAUCAUCUCUAUGGUCUUAUGCAAUUGGGGAACAUCGCCUUCCGGGAGAACAGACUGGAUGAGGCAAUCAAUUGCUACUCCAAAGCUAAUAAUAUUAAACCGAAUGAUUCCAUCAUUCUCAGCAACCGAUGUGCUUCAUACCUUAGGUUUAGCCAGUUUCUGAAGAAUAGAUCUUCAUCAGAUUCAGAAUAUAUGCCAUUGAGGGGGCUGGAUCCUACAACAUAUUCUGCGCUUGCGCUGAAGGAUGCUGAGAAAGUGAUGACUUUAAGGAAAGACUCUCUAGCAUCAUACAUACUGAAGGCAAACGCACUCAUUCUGUUAGAAAAAUAUGAGCUCGCGCAAGAUGUAAUUUAUUCAGGCCUUCAUAUAAAUCCUUUAAGCAAACCUCUUCAAGAGUUGGAGAAAUAUGUCAAUUUAACAGUUGGAAGGAAAAUCCAUGAAAGGCCACAACGAAGUGAUGAUUUUGAUUGCACCCUUUGUUUAAAGUUAUUGUACGAACCAGUUACAACUCCCUGUGGGCAUUCAUUUUGCCGCUCAUGCCUUUUUCAAUCAAUGGAUCGAUGUAACAGAUGUCCAUUAUGCCGCACUGUGCUCUUUAUUAGCCCUAGAACAUGUGCAAUCAGUGUGACACUUAACAACAUCAUCCAGAAGAAUUUUCCUGAAGAAUAUGCCGAGAGAAAAGCAGAAAAUGAUUCCUUGAUAAAUCCUGGUGUUGAUUUGCUGCCACUUUUUGUGAUGGAUGUUGUUCUACCUUGCCAGAAGUUUCACCUCAACAUUUUUGAGCCACGUUAUAGACUUAUGGUGAGAAGGAUAAUGGAAGGAAACCAUCGAAUGGGAAUGGUUAUCGUUGAUUCUGCGACAGGUUCUAUAGCUGAGUAUGGUUGUGAAGUAGAGAUCACAGAUUGUGAGCCACUUCCAGAUGGGCGCUUUUUCCUAGAGAUUGAAAGUCGUCGAAGAUGUCGUUUUGUUCGUAACUGGGAUCAAGAUGGGUAUCGAGUAGCUGAAGUGGAAUGGGUACAUGACCUUUGUCCACCGGAGGGGACGAUAGAGAGACAUGAAUUACAGGAGUUAGUCAACAGGUCAGCAGUAUAUGCUCAGGAGUGGUUCAAGCAUGCAAAAGAAGCAGCUCACGGAGACCGCAUUCGACUGGCAGAACUCUUUAAAGCCGAAGGAAUGAUGCCAUCAACGCGGGACCCUGAGCGGUUCAGUUUCUGGCUUGCAACCGUGGCAAAUCAGAGGCCAUCAGAGAGAUUAGAGCUCUUGCGGAUACGGGACACUAAAGAGAGAAUUAGCCGAGCCCUUAUUUUCAUGAGGGUGGAGGCACAGGGUUGUUGAGUACGCCAUAAAGGAACGAUGUAUGCCGCCACCUAGUGCGUGUAGUAUCAUCAAUACAUAUAAACACACUUAUGAUCAUAAUCAGCAUUCUUUCAUCCACAUUUUAGAAGUGGAAUGUGGAUCCUAACCCUCACCUCUUUCUUCUUUUACGUUUUAUACUUUUCUUAAGAGUGCUUAUAUAUUUUUGUGUAAAGAGGUUGAAUACUCUUAAUCAUAGUUAUUACCAAGGUAUACAUAUAUAUCUUGGCUCUCGGUUGCUUAUUUAUUUGGACACUUCACUUUCCGUGACAGUAGAAUUUGCAGUGAAGGUAAAUUACCUUCACAAUGCUACCGUCCUAGUGAAGGUAAUUUGUGCCAUGUCAUCCAUAUGAGACAUUGUAUAUUAAAUUUCGGUACCAAUGCAAGUAGUCUCGGCAAAAUAUAUGGUACAGCCGGCUGUACCAUGGGCAUAGCCGCAUAGUACAGCCGGCAUUUUUGUAAAUAGUUUCAAUUCAAAUGGC